UAAUCAACAAAGCAACACGGAACAAGCUAGGGACAAAAAGUUAUGGAGUGAAGUCUAAUCGGAUCAUGGUUCGUGCGUGUCGCCGCUUGUGUUUUGUUUAGUGCAAAAUAUUCUGUGCGUGUGGCGAAGUCGUGCAAUCGCUUAGCGCUCAAAAGAAGAACACAAAAGAGCGCCGUGUGAGAAAACAACGCAAUUCCGCGAGGAGGGACAGGAAUGUUUUUCCGUUUCCAAGGACUGUCUUGCUGAUGUCACCGCGGAGGAGGGCGCCACACAAGGACAGGUGCGCUGCGUAAAGUUGCCCAGCCAGUCUGUUUGGUUCAGGCUCGGAAACAAACAGCUGAUCCGGGGAUCCGUUUGCCGAAAGUGUUUUGACUGCAAUUUAAUCAACUUGGCUGCCAAUUUCUGGAAUAUUUCGGGGGGGGGGGGGAAGCAUCGCGUUAGGCGCGAGGAAGACUCGGGUGCUUGCCAACUCCCUUCUGUGCUCUUAUAGAUUGGAGUUUAGCCGCAAAAAAAUAAAUUAAAAAAAAAAAAAAAAAAGGGGGGGGGGGGGGCGUCGUCGUAAGUCUCGGGAGUGCACGCUGUUGCAAAGAGGGCUGUGGGGUCGAGACGCCACAGCACCGACACCGUCUGUCUCUAUGCGACACUGCAGGCGCAGCCGCUUGACUUGGCAUCCCAGUGUGCGGAGAGGUGAUGCGCGAGUGAUCGUCCAGGGCGAAGCGACCACCACUUAUCAUCGGAGUGGAAUAUGACACUUGACUUGCACAAUCUGCAAUGAUUCCCCGGUGCGUCACUGCUUCUUAGCACCACCAGCCGCUCUCUCCUUCAAGGACGAUCGUGUUCGGACUGCAAAAUACUCAUAAUAAAAACCGCAUCCAACAAUGUCUAAGACCCUCAAAAAGAAGAAGCACUGGUCCGCUAAAGUCCAGGAGUGCGCCGUGUCCUGGGGGGGAUCCGGCGACCUGGUCACGGCGGUGGAGCUGCGAGGCGGCGCCGAGCAGGGGGAGUUCCCCUUCCUCGGGCACAUAGUAGCCGAGGCCAUGGUCUGUCACGCCGGGAGACUCCCCGGCAGCGGCGACGUGCUGCUGGAGGUCAACGGCACUCCGGUGAGCGGACUCACCCACCGGGACACUCUGGCUGUUCUCCGCCACUUCCGAGAGCCAAUCCGCCUGAAGACGGUCAAAGCAGGGAAGGUGUUGAAUGCCGAUUUGCAUCACUACCUCAGUCUUCAGUUCCAGAAGGGGUCUCUGGAUCACAAGCUUCAGCAGGUGAUCAGGGACAACUUGUACCUGCGCACUAUUCCCUGUACCACUCGGCAGCCCAGAGAGGGGGAAGUUCCUGGAGUGGAUUACAACUUCAUCAGUGUGGAAGAGUUCCAUAACCUGGAAGAAUGUGGACUGCUGCUUGAGAGUGGAACCUAUGAUGGUAAUUACUAUGGAACACCUAAACCGCCUGCCGAGCCGAGCCCUGUACAGCCGGACCUGGUGGACCAGGUCUUGUUUGAUGAGGAAUUUGACAAUGAAGUCCAACGAAAGCGCACAACCUCAGUCAGCAAGAUGGACAGGAAGGACAGUGCAGCCCCAGAAGAGGAGGAUGAAGACGAGAGGCCUCCAAUGGUCAAUGGUCAAGCUGACCACAAGGACAAGGCGGCUUGGAGGAAGACUGUCCCCAGCUACAAUCAGUCAGCUGGGGCCAUGGAUCUGCGGGCAUGGAGUGCAAUGGCACAGGACGAUAGUCAGGAGCCUCUGCCAAAGAACUGGGAAAUGGCCUACACAGAGACCGGCAUGGUCUAUUUUAUAGACCAUAACAGCAAAACCACAACCUGGCUGGACCCGCGGCUCGCCAAGAAGGCCAAGGCUCCUGAGAAAUGCGAAGAAGGAGAGUUGCCCUACGGUUGGGAGAGGAUCGAGGACCCCCAGUAUGGCACCUAUUAUGUAGACCACAUCAACCAGAAAACUCAGUUUGAGAAUCCAGUGCUUGAAGCAAAGAGGAAGGUUAGCGUCGAGAUGCCCUCUGCAGUGUCCUCAACAAUGGCCACGGCCUCAGAUGAGCCCGAUCACGGAGUCCGACGCUUCACACGAGACCCGUCUAAGCUACAAGGCUCCAUCUACCAGACUGCACUUCGAAAAAGCCCCCAGGGCUUCGGCUUCACCAUUAUCGGAGGAGACCGUCCAGACGAGUUUCUUCAGGUCAAAAAUGUCCUUCCUGAUGGGCCUGCUGCACAUGACAAGAAAAUUGCAUCUGGCGACGUGAUUGUUGACAUCAAUAGGACAUGUGUGCUUGGGAAGACACAUGCUGAUGUGGUGCAGAUGUUCCAAUCCAUCCCCAUCAACCAGUAUGUGGACAUAGUCCUGUGCCGUGGUUACCCGCUACCUGAGGACUCCGGCAGUGGUGAGGAUGCGUCCAAGGACAUGUGCUCUUCUCCCGCCUCUUCCACGCCUCAGGACCCCAAAAACAAGGUCCAGGAAGGAGGAACCCUCCCCAGGCAGACUGCUGCAGUACCACCAAUGACUAACGGAGGGCGUCACCACCAACACCAUUCGCAUCAUCAACACCACCAGUUGCACCAUCACCACCCUAUUCAUGCCCACAACCAGGAGGGCUCAGAUGCCACCUUGCUUCAGCCUGAGCUCAUAAGUGUGCCUUUAUUGAAAGGCCCUGGAGGUUUUGGCUUUGCCAUUGCUGACUGCCCACUGGGUCAAAAAGUUAAGAUGAUUUUAGAUGCACAGUGGUGCCAUGGUUUGCUGAAGGGUGACGUCAUCAAAGAGAUCAACAGACAGAAUGUGCAGACAUUGAGUCACUCACAGGUGGUGGACAUCCUCAAAGACUUGCCUGUAGGCAGUGAGGUCAACGUGCUGGUACUUCGUGGAGGUCAGACAUCACCUGUGAAAUCCUUGAAACCAUGCACGGCACCAACAUCUCAGUUUGCUCCCCAGCAUGUACCCCAACCUACAUUCCAGCCUGCUCCUCAACAAACUCCUCACCACAUCCACACUACUACUGUCACACAGUUGCAGCGACCGGAACUGAACAACAGCCCAGAGACUCUCGGUCAUGCAGAGGUGCCUCCUAAUCCGCUCUCCAAUGUCAUGCGCUCAUCUUCCCCCAAACCAGAUGCUUCGGAACUAUACAUCAAGUCCAAGGCUAUGUUGGAUAGCCAGCCUUCAAACACCAAGGACCUAGAUGUGUUCAUCAAGAGAAACCAAGAGUCAGGCUUCGGAUUCAGGGUCCUUGGAGGCGAGGGACCGGAGCAGCCGGUGUACAUCGGUGCCAUCGUACCGCUGGGUGCAGCUGAGAAGGACGGGCGUCUGCGUGCGGGUGAUGAGCUGCUUUGUAUAGAUGGCGUGCCAGUGAAAGGCAAAUCUCACAAACAAGUACUGGAAUUGAUGACCAAUGCCGCCCGCAAUGGUCAGGUCAUGCUAACGGUCCGCAGGAAACUGACACAUUCAGAUGGCAGCUGCUGGGAAGAGGAUGGUGGGCAGCAGCAGCCUGUGCAGGUCGGAAACUCUCCUACGACCCCCCGAGGGGAGCCUCUGAGGGCCGCCUAUCCCUCUCGACAUGAGUCCUUUGAAGUCACUCUGCAUCGUAAAGAGAAUGAAGGCUUCGGCUUUGUCAUCCUCACCUCAAAGAACAAGCCCCCUCCUGGAGUAAUACCUCACAAGAUCGGACGCAUCAUUGAAGGCAGCCCUACCGACCGUAUGGGUCAGAUGAAGGUGGGCGACCGAAUCUCUGCUGUAAACGGUCAGUCCAUCAUAGACCUGUCACACAACGACAUUGUCCAGCUCAUCAAGGAAGCCGGCACUUCAGUUACCCUCACGGUUGUACCUGAAGACGACAGCAUGCCUCUGUCCACAACAAACUCAGCCAUGCAGAGUCCGUCUGUGCAUCACAGAGCUGUUGGCCAGCAGCCUCCCAACUAUGUGGACAGGAAUGGUGACAUGGGAACACUCAACCCUCCAGGCUUCAAGCAGGUGGGGGGCUCAAAUCGCUGCGAAAAGGACUGUUUUGUGGUGGAACUGGAUCGUAGCCAGCGGGGUUUUGGCUUCAGUCUGAGGGGAGGUAAAGAGUACAACAUGGGCUUGUUUAUCCUGCGCCUGGCUGAGGACGGACCUGCACUUAAAGAUGGACGAAUACAUGUAGGCGAUCAGAUUGUAGAGAUCAAUGGUGAGGCCACUCAGGGCAUCACGCACACUCGGGCCAUCGAGCUGAUCCAAGCGGGAGGCAAUAAAGUUCAUCUGUUGCUCCGGCCUGGCCAGGGUUUAGUUCCUGACCACAGUUCGAAGGACAACGUAUCCAUCCCAAGCUCAAGCUUGCCCAAACACUCUGUAACUGACAGGGAGUUAUUAUCUCCGGCCUCUCCAUCCUCUGUCACCAUCUCUACCUCAGAAGUGUCUCCAUCCUCACCCCCAGUAACCGUCCCGGAGGAGUUCUCCAGAACAGAGCUACGGUCAGUCGGCUCUCCUGGCGCCGGGAGGGAGCAUGCACGUCAAGGUAACAGAUUAAGAGGACAGCAGGUUUCCAACAAGCGUACCACCAGCCCCGGCACCCACACCAGGAAAACGAGCCGGAGUGACUUCAAGGCUACCAGUCCCAAGAGAGCCAGUGAAAGCGGGGUAGAUCGUGCUGACAGCUCCCAGAGCCCCAGAAAAACAGAGCGGGGAUCCUCAGAGGAUAUGAGCAGAGAUCGAAAGCAUGAAGGGCAGAGAGAACGCCGCUCCUCCAGCCCCAAGAAGAGCUCCAAGAAGGACCAUGACUCUGUUGUGCCUUUAAAGAACCAGGAGGAGCCCCAAAGCCCGCGGCGCCCAGCGGGCCAGCAGCCCCCUGGAGAAGGGCGAAAGUACAAAGAUGAGCCUGCAGCUCAUUGGCAGGAGAGGGGCGCUACGGAAAAUGAGUGCCACAAGAGGGGCAAAAAGGCUGAACAAGAGACGGUGCCACCAAAGUCGCAUGUGCACAGGGAGCGGUCAGGAUCAGGCGGGGACACGCUGAGCCGCAGGGGUGCAAAAGAGAAGGAGAGUAGGUCCCACAGGUUGCCUGAAGAUGUGAACAAAAAGGACCCCAGGGGGUCCAGCAAUAGCAUCCAGGACCCUGGCUGCAAUGGGACCUCCACCAACAAGAAGUCUCCCAUCACACCAGGUCCAUGGAAGGUUCCCAGUCCUAGCAAGAUCCAUUCCCAGGUGGACACAACAUAGAAAGCAUACAGUCAGAAAAUAUUUUGUUUUUAUCAUGACCUAUGAUUUAGUUUCGCCCAAUUUGUCUGGCUCAGUGUGGCAAGGCUGAUGUCUGUUUCGACACGCAUGCUGGAAAGAGCGUGGAACAGGCCGUCCUGCUU